CCGCAUGAAUCCCCCCAGUUUCCCGGUGCUAUUGGUCUCUGGAAGCUCUCAGAUGGUCCUGGUUGGCCGUGGGAAAGUACGUCCCUCCUGCCGCAUGAGUCCUGCUGCUUUGCCUUAUCAGCCUUUCCCUGUGCGAUUGAGCAUUUGGCUCCGGCUGCCAUUUGACGCGCUUAAAUAUUGUCUUAAAGUGGUCUUCGCGAGUCCGUCAUUCAAAGUCAAUGCCUGGUUUUUAAACUGAAGAUCUUUAAGAGGAACAGUAAGAUCAUAACCAGUUGCCACAAUUUAUCAGUGUUUAUGGGCACGACCAACAAGGCUUCUACUGUGUUGCUGCCACACUGGUCUGUCCAGAAUCUAACUUCACUGCUGUUUGCCAGCACUUUCCAGAGUUGUUUGUAGUUUACAAUGCACCAUGGCUCUGUUCUAGUUGAUGUGUCUGUUUCAGUCUCAGGCAAGUGCUUGGGAUGCUGGUGAAAUCCUGUGGGCUGCCUUUGUGAAUACAGUUUGGCUGGUGGUUAAUGAUCGAGGUGGUUUGUCUCCUUGCCUUCUCCAUUCUGCAGCUUUGGAGUGAUCUGUGUCCAGCUGGCAUCAGUGCUGCUGGACCCAUGCCUGUCUAAGCCCCGUAGGACUUUUCCUUGCCUGGGAAGAGCGAUUGGACUUGAUAGGUAGCACCAUGCCACUUGGUCUUGGGAGGAGGAAGAAGGCCUCGCCUCUGGUGGAGAAUGAAGAGGCUGAGCCGAUCCGAGCGGGCAUGAAUGUGCCAGGCCUGGAGGGCAGUGCCGAGAGCAUGCAUAGCUUCCAGCCUGGCUUACCACCCCCACCCCCAAGCCUGCGUCCCAGGCUGGUCUUCCACACUCAGCUGGCCCAUGGAAGCCCAACUGGGCGAAUAGAAGGCUUCAGCAAUGUCCGGGAGCUCUACAGCAAAAUUGGGGAAGCCUUUGGGAUCCCAGCAGCAGAGGUGAUGUUCUGUACCCUGAACACUCACAAGGUAGACAUGGACAAGCUUCUCGGGGGGCAAAUUGGGCUUGAGGACUUCAUCUUUGCCCACAUCCAAGGCCAGCGGAAGGAAGUGGAAGUGUUCAAGAGCGAGGAUGCCUUAGGCCUCACAAUUACUGAUAAUGGAGCUGGGUAUGCCUUCAUCAAGAGAAUAAGAGAAGGCAGCAUCAUUGACAGGAUUCAGGUGAUCAAUGUGGGUGACAUGAUCGAAUCUAUUAAUGGUCAAGGCCUGAUUGGCUGCCGGCACUACGAGGUGGCCAAGAUGCUGAAGGAGCUGCCCAAAGGACAGAAUUUCACCUUGAAGUUGGUGGAGCCAAUGAAAGCUUUUGACAUGAUCAGCCAGCGAUCGGGAGGUGGCAGAUCAAGUUCUGCCUCCCAGCUGGGAACGGGUCGGGGAACGCUGCGUCUGCGCUCCAAAGGUCCUGCGACUGUGGAGGAUCUGCCAUCUGCUUUUGAAGAGAAAGCCAUUGAGAAGGUAGAUGACCUUUUGGAGAGCUACAUGGGAAUUCGAGAUUGUGAGCUGGCGGCCACGAUGGUAGAGCUAGGAAAGGACAAGAGGAACCCGGACGAAUUUGCAGAAGCGCUCGAUGAGACACUGGGAGAUUUUGCGUUUCCUGAUGAGUUUGUGUUUGAUGUGUGGGGAGCCAUCGGGGACGCCAAGGUGGGAAGAGUAUAGCUGUGGUCAUCGGUUUGGACUCUGGAGGAGAGCCGUGCCAUUCGCCAGCCAUUCACCUCGCCUUGUUCCAGGUUCCUGUGUGAAGACCUUUCUUUUUUCAACUUGUCACCACUUGAUCCUUAGUAAAAUAACACGAAUUGCUGGUGAAUGAACUACCAACUGAACAUAUAAAGAAAUUAGACUCUUUGUAGAGAUUUCUAUUCCACUACCUGGUGACGUCCUCCAGUUAAUCUUGAAUGAGCAUUAAUUUGAAUGAAAACUUGCAUCUUUCCCGGCUGGCUGCUUUUUCAAUUGAGUAGGUUGUGUUGAUCUGUUUUUGUCUAAAAGGAAGGUUUGACAUUUCAGUUGCCUGUACAUGAGUCAGCUUUAGGCAGGGCCUAAAGGAUAGGAGAUGUCUUAUUGUUUUAUCCUACAGUAAAAUGGGUGAAGAACAAUUGAACGUCUAUAAGGAACUGGAAAAAACACAAUACUGUACAUGGAAGCAGUAGGUAGUUUACCAUUUACUAAGUUCUCAUUCUGAACCCUGGUUUUAACGGAGAGUCAUUGAGUCUGCUUAAAACUUUAAUAGUUAAAUUUACUAAAAAAUACAGUUGGCCUCUGCACUUGACUAAUUCAUGCUGGGAUGUACGUUUUUGGAAUAUUGGUCCCCUACGCGUGAUUAUUUCACAAACUUAUACCUUAUAAUGAAGUAAAAACUUUAAUGGCUCCUUUUUUAUUGUUUUUCUGAUUCAGCUUUUCAGUCUAUCAAGAAAGUCAAACUCCAAUGCCAUGAACCAGGAUUUACUGUAUUCUUCAUUUGAAGAGAAGACUAAAUAUUAUAAAAUGUUAUCAGUCUAAAAAAGUCAGGCAUCUUUUUGCAGCUUUAAUAAAUCUAAUGUUUCACGUUUAGUUUCAGACAAACUAAACCAGAGUGAAUCAGAGAGUCCAAUAAAACUUGAAUAGGAAAAAUCUGCAAACACCAAAUGAUAGGAAACAAUUGCUACAAGCUGGCACAACUCUAAAACAUUUUUGAAGAAAGAACAAAGUGAAUGUAACAGUUACCUCAGAAAAUGCCUUGGUCCAUGUCUGGAAAAUAACUGUUGUUUAACUCUAACUUUUUUUUUUAAGUAGUCAUCCAUUAGUUUUAUAUUAGUUUUAAAAACAAGACCAGCUGGUGGCAGGGCGCCAGUCCCAGUUCUUUUCAGUCCUCAAUCGCAUGUAAACUGCUUGUUGUGUUGAAAAGAUGCUGUAUUUCUUGGCCUUUUUUUGGAAUCCAACGGUAUCAUAUGGAGUGACACAUGCUGUCACUGUGUAUUAGACUUCGAUAGCCAUUAAUAAUUACUUUUUAAUUUCUCCAAUAUUAAGUUGAUAUUUUAUUAAUAAUUUAUUAGUAUUGAAUAUAUCAGUGGUUGCUGGUGGUAGAAGUUUCUUCAAUGCUGAGAACCCUGAUUGACUUUGUUUUUUAGUUUGUUAAUUAGUGCCUGGUCAUAAUCUUUUGAAAAGAUGCAAAAAUCAAACCAAACAAACCAGUAUUUUUUUCCAUUGCAGGGAAUUAAAAGGUUUGUAGUUUGAGGUUUUCAAAGUAUCCGGAGAAGCUUUCUGUUUCUCCAUUUCAUGGAAGCUAUAAAGUUCCCAGUUAUCAGGCAAGAUGUUCAGAAACUCCAUGGUCAGACUAAUUUUUGAAGAGAAUAAAUUCUUAGAAUUCAAGCUUUUUCCUUAAAUGCUUUCCUUUUACACAUUUAAUCAAGGGUCAAGUGACAAUUCAGAUGUCCAGAAGAUGUUUACCUUUCUUACUGACUACUGUGUGCAUACUUUAUAAAAGAAACAGGAGAUGGUUUUACAGUUAAAAAAAUAUUUUUAGGUCUGCUUUGGUAUAAAUUGCUGCUUUUUAUUAAGUGACAGCAGUAUGAUGCCUGAUUCGUUGGUACUGUAGUUUCCAAACUGAUGAUCAAAUUACUGUGAAGAACAAGAGGAGAUAUGGGACACUACUUAGAUGCUUUUUGGUUGAAUGUUACAUUACCCUGGCAUCCUGUUUUAGGGUCCUGUGAUUUAUUGUUGCAUUAGUUGCAAAGGUUCCUUAUAGGUAUAGCGAACACCUGUGCAACAUUCUUGUUAAUUUCAUGAACUGGGAAUAUAGCUAAAAACUCUGACCUCAUCUUUAACCCCAUGGAAAUAACAAUAUUCUUUAGAGACUGGUAGAGUUACAGUAAGUGACUUUGACCUGCAUUCUGUGAAAUAGUAGUUGUUUUUUUUCUUUUAAAAUUGAAGGGUUCAUUUUAAUCUUUACUUUCUUAAUUUUGGAAAAUCUGUCUAAGGGGGAAAUUAGUUUUUGCAACAAAAACAAGUCUUUUGGAGAGUAAAAUGGGAACUGCAAUGCAGACAUGAGUGCCAAAAUAGAUAUUUGCUGCUGCCGUUGGAAGAGCUUCUUUUUUGGAAUAAAAGCAAUGCAAACACGUUUGUGGGCAUCAGACUCCAGUGUUCCGUGAUGCAGAAGAAGGUUAGUAAUGUGUACAUGUAUAGGGCAUAUAUGUAUCUGUGUUAAUGACAUUUUCAAUGUUCUACUUUUCAGUCCUUGUUUAAUCCAGGAUUCAGUCUGUCUUUGUGACAAUAUUGAAAAAACUCAAGUUUAAGCCAAAUAAAAACCAUGUAGUAGAUAAAUCAGAAUUAAAACCACUGUAAUGGAAGGCUUAUUUUGCACAGUAAAAGACGUUGGGUUGCUUUGCAUUGCUAAACAGUGACACAUUGUCGUGGUUUUUUAGGCAAGAGCCUAGGCAGUGAUGUAAAAGUGAGCACAAAGCCACUAUAAUUACAGAGACCUGGGAGAAGAAAUUAAAUAUAACAAUACCUGUUGUUAAACAGCAACCUGUCACAAGAGCUGUAGAACGAGAGCCUUACUGAGUCAUCAGCUGGUACUGCAUUGUAAAGAUAGUUUUAUAUAAGAGUAUUAUAGAAAUAUACAGUGUAUUUUUAGUGUACAAUAUAAUCAUUCUGAUAGCACACUUUUAAUACAAAAUAUGCCAAAAUAUUUUUAAAACCUGUAGAGCUAUAUUAGUUUUUAGACAUCUUUUCUGAUUGUAAUUCAUAUUGUAAUGUUAGGUUGAAAGUAUAAUGUUUUGUAAAUGUGGUUUUCUUGGUAUCAUGACACUGGAUUAUUUUACGUAUUGUUGUAUCUUUUCAAUAUGGUAUUGUCAUUACAUGUUUGAACUGGGGAACAAUGUUGCAGCCCUGUUUGUUUUAUUGUAGGUCAGAGAAAGAGAGAUGGCUUUACUGUAUUUCUUCAUCACAGCUUUUCAGUAAUCUUUUAUUAACUAAACCAUGUCUGGGUAGGCAGGAGUCAGCAUUUUAAUAUUUUAAUACAUCCUCAAAUAUGUGUGGAAUUCUUGAUGUGUGCGAAUAUUUGUGUUUUCAUUCAUGUCUACUUCAACUUGAAAAGUGGAUUUAAAAAAUAGACUUAAAUAAUAUUUGGGAAAGAAAUACAGACAUGCAAUCAUGUUUUAUGCCAGAAAUAAUCUUCCAUUUUAUGUACUAAAUAAAUUGUCCUUGAAGCUGAAUGGUGAAAUGAGGUGGAACUAUCUCUUUAAAAGACUUCAAAGGUUCUUCAUUAUCUGCUGUCCUUGUGAGUCACAUGAACUUCAUGCAUGUUCCAGCUACAUGUAUAACUAUAUGAGCACCUAGUUUACAAAUAGAUAAAAUUAGUUAUAAUUUCACCACACACCUGUUUAGAAAAGACACCAUAUUUCUUUAUUAAAAUUAAUUUUGAAAUAAAAGUGAUUUUCUUACCCUUUUUGCUUACCCUUUUAAAACAUUUGUGUAAUUGCAUUUGUGCAGUUUAGUAAUUAUGGGCUGUUGCUUAAGGAUGAACCUUGCUAGAAUUAACAUAUUGGUGAAAAAUAAAAUAUGAAAAGAGCAA